AUAUUUAAUUUCUUGUCCAGUUGAAUUUCUAUCUCUCUGAAAAGAUCCUUACCAUAUUUUAUUAUGAAAGUGAACUAGCAGCCAAGCCAUGAGUGAUGAUCUGCAAGCUGUUAUGGGGUUCUCUGGGUUCGGUACAAAGGGUGGUUCCAAGAAGAAGGCGGCCAUGAAGUUUGAUAUUGAGAAAAUGUUUGAGGAGACGAAAAGAACGGCCCGAAAUUACUCUGAGCAGAAAACAGCAAAGCAAAUGAUGGAAAUGGUAGCAAGCGGUAGUGAAGUUGUGGAUAGUGUGGAGGGUGGGCAGGAGAGUGACGAGGAUAUAGGACCGCCCUUGCCCCCCGGUUUCUCAAAAGAAGAGCCCUCCUCACAACAGGACAGUGAUGAUGAUGAAGGAGGCAAUGAAGAAGAAGAAGAAGAAGAUGUAGAAGACUUUGACCGACGGUUCCCGCUCUCCCAUGAGAUCACUCUUUCCCACGGCUCCAAGCCCAUCUCCGCCCUAACCCUUGACCCCUCCGGAGCCAGAGUGGUUACCGGGGGUUACGAUUACAAUGUGCGACUGUGGGACUUUGCAGGCAUGGACUCUACCUUCAAAUCUUUCAGGACCAUCACCCCCUGCCAGAGUCACCAAAUCAGCUCAGUGCAGUACAGCAACACAGGAGACACCAUCCUUGUCACCUCAGGGAGUGCUCAGGCCAAGGUGAUGGACAGAGAUGGGAUGGAGAAAAUGGAGUGCCCCAAGGGAUGGCCUUACAUUGCCAACAUGGCCAACACCAGUGGUCACAUUGCCAUGGUGAACUGCGGCUGCUGGCACCCCAGGAUAAGAGAGCACUUCCUCACCUGUUCCAAUGACGGUUCUCUGAGAGUGUGGGACGUGAACGAGAAAAAGAAGCAGCUCCAUGUUAUAAAAGGAAGGGAUAAGCAAGGUCGUAAGAUAGCUGUGAACACGUGUGCAUACAGCAGGGACGGAGGGCUGAUAGCGGGGGCACUGUACGACGGGAGCAUCCAGAUAUGGAAAAACAGUUCGCCAUUUACGCGGUCCCAGUUCCAACACUUCACAGCUCACACUGCUGGCAGUGAGACAUGCUCUCUCUGCUUCUCCCACGACAAUCACACGCUCAUCUCAAGGGGAGGUGACAAUACUCUGAAGUUAUGGGACCUGCGAUCAUUCAAGAGACCGGUGAAUGUUGUCACAGAACUGGAUACUUUCUUCUCGGGCACUGACUGUGUGUUCAGCCCCAACGAGCAGGUGAUCAUGACUGGUACCUCAGUCAAGAAGGGACAGGGUAAGGGGAAGCUGAUGUUCUUUGACCGAGAGCUGAAUGAAGUGUACCAGCUGGCUGUUUCUGACGCAAGUGUGGUGAGGUGUAUCUGGCACCCCAAGCUGAACCAGAUAGUAGUGGGCUGCUCAGACGGUCAGGCCAAAGUCUACUUCAGUCCAAAGCACAGCUUCAGGGGAGCUAAGCUGUGUGCCAAUAAGAAAAAGAGAAAGAAGGAUAUUUCCGAGAUUUCUCUCAAUACAAGGAUCAUAACACCCCAUGCACUGCCAUUGUUCCGAGAUGACGAACAACAGUCAUUGAAAAGAAAACGGGAAAAAGCGAGGGCUGAUCCGAAAAUUUCACACAAACCUGACCCCCCGCUACACAAGGGAGCAGGUGGGCGUGUUGGUACCGGAGGAAGUUCCAUUGGGGCGUAUGUGCGUAAGAUAGCAGCUCUGGAACGGCCUGUGACUGUGGAGAAGGACGUUGAUCCAAGGGAGGCACUGUUGAAGUAUGCCAAGAAAGCAAAUGAGAAGCCAUUUUGGGUGACACCAGCCUACACAAGCACACAGCCGAAAGUAAUAUUCCAAGAAGAAGAAAGCAGUGAAGAAGAGGACUGAUGAAAAAUAAAUUAGGCUACAAAUUCACACCAACUUUCUUUUGUGCACUUGUUCUCUUUUUCGAACUUAUCACCAAUAAAAAUUAAUUGAUUAUAAUAAUUGA